ACGCUGCAUUGAUUCAUUGACAAAAAUGUCAAUUCUCAAUUCUCAACACGUGAAAUUUCCUAAACAAUAACGAAAAUUUAAUUGAUACGUAUUUAUUUUGCAAGGUAUUUUGUAUAAAAAAUAGCAAUGGAAAUAUUUUCAACUAAACAACAGAGACGUAAAGAGAAGAAGAAACAGAAAUUGUUAGCUCUAGCAAAAUUAGUACAACUGAGUGACAAUGAACGUCGUGAAAAUGCGGUGGUCCAGAUAGCUGCUGAGGCAAACGAAAGUCAUGCCCACAACGACGAUGAUGGUUUUAAAAAGGUCACACAUAAAAAGAAGCCAGCCAAAGUGAUAGCUAAAAAUCAACAAGCUCCCAUAACUGUGACAGAAUCACUCGCAGAAGAUGAGCCACCAACAAAACGUUCUAAACCUAAUAAAAGUAACAGCACUGGUGGAAGUGACAGUGAUACGUCCCAGGUGUCAUCAACACUAGAAUCAAAUGAUGAAAAACAGCGGAUUGAGUUGCAAUUAACUGAAGAACAAUAUAAAGACUUGCGACGACAACUACGUCAACGUAAAAGAGAAAUUGAAGCCGUGCCAAUAUUGCGGUUGCGCGAAUUUGGCCAACGCGCGUUGCUAGAGAUGCCGCAAGACCAACGCACACCAAUUUUUCUUACAGAUAUUCAACAUUUGCUAAUGUCGGCGCUGAUUGGUAAAAAGUCACCAUGUGUUCCAGAUCGUUGGUGUUUCUUGGAAAAACCCUUACGACUCUCCCAUAGUGUUGUUUUGAUAUUAGAGGGCCUUUCACUAUAUCACUACCUUUCAAAUGAGAGCAAAUUCACUCAAGCAAAAGAAAUAUUCCAGACGCGCUUAGAGGUUGUGUUACCACCACAGAAAGAAGGGUCAAUUAUAGAAGAAAUAGCUCAGGUGCCACUAACCAAUGUGCAGGCUCAAAAGCUAAUUGAAGAACAUGGAUCACUAGAAUCAGCUGUGGAAAUGACUAAAGAUCCUACUUUACUCGUUAAAGCAAUAUUUCCCGUUAGCCACGAUUCUUCAAAAACGCAGAAUAAUAACUGUAAUCUGCCCGCUGGUGAUAAAUUUCCACGUACAAAGCUUCUGCUCUCUGCUUUACAGAUGGUAGACGAGGGUUAUCCGAUGCCAUUGCGAGGCGAACUUAGCGAACGUUUUAAAAACUUCGUCUUUACCAAGGACAAAUAUGAACCUGUUACUGACAAUAGUCCCAUGUUUGGUGUUGAUUGUGAAAUGUGUCGCACAGUAAUUGGACAUAAUGAACUGACACGUAUUUCAAUCGUAAAUGAACAACUUGAAACAGUUUAUGAAACGCUAGUAAUGCCAACAAAUAAAAUUGUGGACUAUUUGACUCCAUACUCAGGCAUUACGCGGGAAAUCUUGAAAACUGUAACUAAAAGCAUAGAAGACGUACAGCGCGAAGUGAAAGAGUUACUACCACCGGAUGCCAUUUUGGUCGGUCAAUCGCUGAAUUUCGAUUUGAAUGCAAUGAAAAUGAUGCAUCCGUAUGUGAUUGAUACCAGUAUGUGCUUUAAUUUGAGCGGUGUACGUAGGAGAAAAGCAAAGUUGCAAACACUUGCCUUGGCAUUUUUGAAAGAGGCUAUUCAAGGAAACACAGAUGGCCACGAUUCUGUUGAGGAUUGCACGGCUAGUUUAAAGCUGGUGAAAAUGAAAUUGGCAAACAGCUUAGAGUACGGCGAUGAAAUACUGAUUCAAAAGAAACGUUUACAGGAAAUUUUGAGUUUGGCAAGUGGAGAUAGCAUUAAGAAUAAUCUUCUCGCGCACGCAUCACAGCGGGAUAAAAGAACUGCAAUUAUAACAAAUGGUAUGCUACAGCAGCAAAUGAAGGAAAUCAUAUCAAAAGCUGAAGGUAAUAAAACGCGCGAAACACUGAAAGGUGUUUCUCUAUACGAAGUGGAUUCGAAUAAAUGUGCAAUCAACAAGGCACGUCAGGUAGCAUUGGAGCACUCGCUGACUAUUGCUAAUCUACGAUUAGAUAUAGAGGAACUUCAACUAGAUAAAGCGGAAAAAACGGUGGGAAAGAUUGAUAAAUGGAUUGGAAAAUUGUGGCAGACUGUUGCACAUAAUGGCUUAUUUUUGGUUUUGAUGGGCGGUUCGACAGAAUGCGCCAGUGGUGUGGCGAAAAUUGCUAUCAAGAAGAAUGAGGCUUCAGCUGCAGCCAGAAUAGCGGCGAUAACACCUAUUACGAUUUAGUGGAAACAAAAAUGUUUCGAUGAUGUAUAAAUUCAACGAGGGGUUUUAUUAAUUUGUGGAAAUUUAAUAAAAAUUUGUCAAUGAUAGGAGAUAAUUGAAUACA